UAUCGAACGACAGUAAUACGUGUGAGGUCUGCUGGAAAACGUGCGUAGCAAUAUUCGCUUUACCGUUAUAAACAAAGAACACAAAGAGGAAGGAAAAAUAAGUUAAUUACACAAAAACAUGGAUUGCGGUGGUGUUCUAGUGAAAUAUGUGCUUUUCAUAUUCAACAUACUCUUCGUAGUAUGCGGUAUACUGCUAAUUAUCUUUGGUUCCAUAUUAGUGUCACACAUACAGCAAGUUGGUAGCGUGGCGCAAACGUUUGAAGCUAACAGUGUUCCAAUCGCUAUACUUAUACUAGGAUGUGUGAUAUUCAUUAUUUCGUUUUUGGGUUGCUGCGGUGCAAUACGCGAGGACACAUGUUGUACAAUGACGUACUCCGUCUUUAUGCUCGUCCUCCUGCUGGCACAGAUUGCAUUAGUGAUACUUGUGUGGACACAGCGUGCAAAGUUCCUCACAUAUAUGGAUAAAGUUGUGGAAACAAUUUGGAAGCAGCACACAACAGAUCAAAAAGUAAUGGACGCUUUACAAUUGACGUUUAAUUGUUGUGGUUCAAGCGGUGCAGAGGAUUACUAUAAGAAUUUGCAAACAAUACCCAAUUCUUGUUGUGGUGCCAACGCCAUAUCUUGUUCCAUGUUAGAAGCUAUGACGAAACCUGGUUGCAAACAAGCAUUCAAUUCAUUUUGGGAUAAAAGCAUAAAUAUUGUACGUUAUGCUGGACUCGGCGUUGCAGCUGUUGAAUUAGUGGCAUUUAUUUUCGCCUGCUGCUUAGCGAAUCAAGUGCGCAACAAUAUAAGGAGAGCAAACUACUAAUUUCAAUGUGGAGUGUAUCUGAAGUGAUGCGUACGUUAGCCGAUUGCAGCUUUCUUGCACCGAUAAAAUUACAAAUAUUUUACAUUUAAGAUAACAACUAUUUAACUUAUUUAAACACUUUACGAAAUUGGUUUAUGUCAAGCAAUUCUACUUUAAUAGUUAUAAUUUUGAAAACGAUGAAAUAAAACUUAACAAAUUGUGAGGAAGCGGAACUCGCGCUGAAAACUUA